AGGCUGGCUGGGCCGUCUUCUUCAAUCCUCAAUUGCUAGUAGUACAGUACAGACUACAGAGUAAGAAAAGAUGUUGCAACUCCUCUCUCCAUCAUCCUCAAAAUGGAUUCUUCCACCGCCCAGCUUCUACCCUACCAGAACAACCAAACUCAGCACCGCCACAUUUAAGGUAAGAGCAAUGGCCAACCAGCGCAGCGAAAGCGAUGGAGGAGGAAUCGCAGAGAAACUGGCCAUUGUCGGUGGAUUGGUCUCCACGCCGGUGAUCGGAUGGUCACUCUACACCCUCAAAACCACCGGUUGCGGCCUCCCACCUGGACCAGGCGGCUCCAUUGGCGCACUUGAAGGCGUGAGUUACUUAGUGGUGGCGGCGAUUGUGGGCUGGUCAUUCUACACCAAGACCAAAACGGGUUCGGGUUUGCCCAGUGGACCAUUCGGGCUGUUGGGAGCUGUUGAAGGCUUGUCGUAUUUGUGUUUGCUGGCCAUUAUCGCUGUGUUCGGGUUACAGUUCCUUGACAAAGGUUCCAUUCCUGGGCCUCUCCCCAGUGAUCAGUGCUUCGGCUAAUUAAGUUCACGCUUUAGCAGUUAGCUGCAACUUCAUCUUUGUUUCCAUUUUUUUUUUUAAUGAAUAAUGAAAUUAUGUGUUAUAGAUAGGUUGAUGCUUUUUAUCCAAUAUCUGUGGCCUGCCUUCAUUCAUCAUCUUCAACUAAUAUCCCAUCUCCUAAUAAUGUAUACUCACAUUUGUUUCAUUUUAAUACACUUCGUUUCGGUUUUA